AGAUUAGACACCACAUCAUAUAUUUUCAUAUACUCCAAAGUCCAAACCAUGGAAGACAUCUUCUUCUACACAUCUCUCUCCAUCAUCGUGUGCGUGUUCAUCUCUCUAAAGCUGUUUGGACGGCGUCGUUACCCCAACCUCCCUCCAAGCCCUUCCUUAUCUCUUCCGAUACUCGGCCACCUCCACCUUCUUAAACCCCCAAUCCACCGCACCUUCCACCGCCUCUCGCAGAAACUCGGCCCCAUCUUCUCCCUCUGGUUCGGCUCCCGCCGCGUGGUCAUUAUCUCCUCCUCCUCGGCCGUGCAAGAAUGCUUCACCAAAAACGACAUCGUUUUGGCAAACCGUCCCCCCACGCUCUUAAGCAAGCACUUUGGGUACAACCAAACCGCCAUGGGAACCGCCCCCUACGGCGAUCACUGGCGCAACGUUCGCCGUAUCGGCACCGUCGAGGUCUUGUCCACCGGCCGGCUCAACUCAUUCUCCGACAUCAGAAAAGACGAAGUCAAGCAUUUGCUGCGCAAGCUUUCCCGACAUGCAGAAGAAGAAGAAGGUCGUUUCGUGAAAGUGGAGCUGAGGUCUAUGUUGUUUGACCUGACCUUCAACAACAUAAUGACCAUGGUGGCGGGGAAGAGGUAUGUCGGGGACCAUGUUGCGAACAAGGAAGAGGGGAAGGAGUUCUUUGAGAUCAUGGAUGAGGCUCUUUCGUACAGUGGGGGAACCAACCCCGGAGAAUUCAUGCCCUUUUUGAGAUGGUUUGGCGGUAAUGGUUAUGAGAGGAAGUUGAAGAAGUUGGGCAAGAGAGCAGAUUUGUUCUUGCAACGUCUAAUUGAUGAGCACCGGAACAAGAGUGCUCCCGAGAGUAAAAAUACCAUGAUCGACAAUUUGCUUUCUCAGCAGGAGUCACAACCUGAGUAUUAUACUGAUGAGAUUAUCAAAGGACUUAUACUGAGUCUAUUAUUGGCUGGCACUGAUACAUCGGCAGUAACAAUAGAAUGGGCUAUGUCUAAUUUGCUAAACCAUCCGGAUGCGUUGGAGAAGAUUAGAGCUGAACUGGAUGCUCAACUUGGUCAAGAACGCAUAGUAGACGAACCAGACAUCUCCAAACUACACCACCUACAAAGUAUUAUCUCCGAGACUCUUCGGUUGUACCCGACGGCACCAAUGCUAGUACCACAUUUUGCAUCAGAUGAUUGCAUUGUAGGUGGAUUUAAUAUACCACGUGACACAUUGGUAUUGGUCAAUGCAUGGGCCAUACAUAGAGAUCCGAAGUUGUGGGAUGAUCCUGAAAGCUUCAAACCUGAGAGGUUUGAAACUGGCAGCAAGGACGAGGCACACAAAUUUAUGCCAUUUGGAAUGGGAAGAAGGGCAUGCCCCGGAGCAGGAUUGGCUCAACGUGAGAUUGGCUUGACUUUGGCCUCAUUGAUUCAAUGCUUUGAGUGGGAGAGGGUUAGUAAGGAGGAGGUUGAUAUGACUGAAGGGACAGGACUCACCAUGCCUAAAUUGGUGCCAUUGGAGGCCAUGUACAAACCACGCUCAUUUUUUAACAAGGUUUUCCAUUGAUCAGUGGACAAUUUUUAUAACAAAAUGUAUUAUUAAACGUCAUUAAGUUAUGUGCAGUUGGUUAUUUAGAAUAAGUAACACCGUGGAGAUUACAUUCAUAGACAUCCAAGAUAUGUGAGAUAAGGAAAAUAUUGUCGAUUCUACUAAAUAAAUGUAUUAGUAAAUUAUAAGCUAUAUAAAUUGUGUACAAUAUCGUACAACUACUAUUGUUAUUGUAUGGUGUAUAUUGAUGCCUUUGUUUUGGUUUUUGGUCUUCAAUUCAUUAAUUUUUCUUUUA